AUGAAAUUCGAAGAUUUGUUGAUGCAGGCAGGUGAGGAGAAACAAACAAGAGAACAGCUCGAGGAGGAGGUGGAGAAAUUGCAGCACGAAUUAAAUGGGGAACUGCAACUGAGCAAAGUUUUGAAUUGUGCAUUGUAUGGGUCAAUUCACUCUUGUUCAUGCGUCUCCUUGUUGCUCCCACAAAAGGUUCAAGUGCUUCUAGCAGAAGUAGCAUUAGUGGAAGAAGAGAUUAUUUGGCUGGAGGGAAAGAUAAAUGAGCUCAAGUUGAGUGUUUACCAAGAAAAGAAGCAGACCGAAGAAUGGGAAAUGCUGCAGUUGAAAGAAUUUCAGCCACAGCGGAUUCAAAGCCGAUUACACAAGUUACCUUCCCGGCGGCCAAACCAUGUAGAGUCCAAAGACACUGAAAUUCUUAGCAGAUCAUCGGAUUAUGAGUAUCGAAAGUAUGAGGUUGGGAGGGAAAGAAGAGCCUCCACAGAAAUUCAAUGCAUUACUUCUCUGGGGAUCAAUGAAGGCAUAGCAGAGAAUUCAAGAUGUUCAAGAAGCAUAGCAGAGAAUUCAAGAUGUUCAAGAAGCACCCUAAUCAAUUUGGGAAGUGAAAUUAAGAGGCCAAAUAAGCUGUCAGAAGAACUGAUUAGGUGCUUAAUAAGUAUAUUUCUGAAUUUAAAUCAGACAACAUUCAAGAGCAAAAGAAUAUCAGAGAAGCAGCAUUCUCUAAACUGCAUCAACUCAAAAGUCUUCAUGUCAAAAACAACUGCGUUCAGCUGUAUAGAGCCGACUCCCUCAUUCAAUCAGAGUGCAUCUAAUCUUGAUCCUUACAGAAUAUUGGCUGACAUUGAUGGCACCAUCGGAGAUGUUGGACCGUAUAACAACUUCAUCCAAAUCACAAGAGCUUCCUUGGACAAAAGCCGUCUCUCUGAAUGCCUUCCAGCCAUGGGAAAGUUGAGGAUUUCGAUGCACAAACUCAGCAAAGUGAACAUAACUUACUUCACCUACAAGCAGAAGUUGGCAUUCUGGAUUAAUAUCUAUAAUGCCUGCGUAAUGAAUGCAUUUCUACAGCAGGGCUUGCCCUCCACACAGGAGAAACUUCUGGCACUCAUGAACGAGGCAACAAUUAAUGUUGGUGGGAUUGUACUCAAUUCUCUGGCAAUUGAACAUUUCAUCCUCCGCCAUCCUGCAGAAUCUGAACGUGAGCUAAUAGAUGAGAAAGAGAUGCUUCUGAGGCGUACUUAUGGUCUUGGUUAUCCAGAACCCAAUGUCACAUUUGCUCUUUGCCGAGGCACCUGGUCUUCUCCAGCCUUAAGGAUUUACACGGCUGACGAAGUAGUGAACGAAUUAGAGAGAGCUAAAGUAGAGUAUUUGGAAGCUUCAGUUGGAAUCACAAGCAAGAAAAAGAUUUUAGUGCCAAAACUGAUGCAGUGGUACAUGAAAGAUUUUGCCGAUGACAUGGAUUCACUGCUAGAAUGGAUUUACAGCCAACUACCACAUACAACAAGUAGCAACUCCUCGUUGAAAAGGUUGAUUAUGGAGUGUCUAGUAAAUGGUGAAACAAAUAAGUCACAACUUUUAGAGAUUCAGCCUUAUGCAUCUGAAUUCCGUUACUUACUUCCCUUGCGAUAA